AUGAGUGUCGGGUCUAGCCCGGAUGAUUUUCUGGAUACCCAAGGAAGUGACGUCGAGAGUCUCGGGGAAGAUUUCGGUGACGAUUUUGACGGCGGAUUCUCCAAAGAUAAGGAUAUCAUCGCGACGAAACGGAAGCCUUAUGAGGUCGAGUUUAGUGUGUUGAGCCCGGAGGACAUCGAACGAGAACAGAACCUGCAGAUUAACGAGGUCUCGUCGAUCCUUGGGUUGCCACCAGAGUCGUCGGCUAUUCUGCUGCGAUAUGGACGAUGGAACCGGGAGAAGUUGAUCGAGUCAUACAUGGACCAUCCCGAGAAGACGCUGGAGGAGGCGGGCCUUGGUACCAAUUUUGAGGGAACGCCAAAGACUGAAGUGAUACCAGGAUUUGUGUGCGACAUCUGCUGCGAGGACGGGGACGACCUUGAGACAUAUGCCAUGCGUUGCGGGCACCGCUUCUGUGUGGAUUGCUAUCGCCAUUAUCUGAGACAGAAGAUCCGGGAGGAGGGUGAAGCAGCAAGGAUAGAAUGCCCGAGUGAUAGCUGCAAUAUGAUCGUGGACUCGAAGUCAUUAGGCCUUCUGGUGACAAACGAUCUUAAGGAGAGAUACAACGCGCUUCUAACACGAACAUACGUCGAUGAUAAAGAUAACCUCAAAUGGUGCCCGGCUCCCAACUGUGAAUACGCGGUCGACUGCCCUGUAAAGCAGCGUGACCUUCGUCGUAUCGUACCUACUGUGCAGUGUGACUGUAGGCACUACUUCUGCUUUGGAUGCACAUUAAAUGAUCACCAGCCAGCACCCUGCUUGCUGGUAAGGAUGUGGCUUAAGAAGUGCGAGGAUGAUUCCGAGACGGCGAACUGGAUCUCCGCCAAUACCAAGGAGUGUCCUCGAUGCCACUCAACGAUCGAAAAGAAUGGCGGAUGCAACCAUAUGACUUGCCGCAAGUGCAAGCACGAAUUCUGCUGGAUGUGCAUGGGACUGUGGUCUGAACACGGUACUAGCUGGUAUAACUGCAACCGCUACGAGGAGAAAUCUGGAUCAGAGGCCCGAAGUGCGCAGGCGCGAUCCCGGGCGUCGCUGGAGCGAUAUCUCCACUACUACAACCGAUAUGCCAACCAUGAGCAGUCAGCCAAGUUGGACAAAGAUUUGUAUCUAAAGACGGAGAAGAAGAUGACGAGUUUGCAGUCGCAGUCUGGGCUUUCGUGGAUUGAGGUGCAGUUCCUCGAUACUGCAUCGCAGGCGCUCCAGCAAUGUCGCCAGACGCUGAAGUGGACAUAUGCCUUUGCCUACUACCUCGCCCGCAACAACCUGACGGAGAUCUUCGAGGAUAACCAGAAGGAUCUGGAAAUGGCGGUGGAGAGCCUAAGUGAGAUGUUUGAGAAGCCCGUACCGGAGCUGGCGAAUUUGAAGGUCGACAUCUUGGACAAGACGGCGUAUUGUAACAAGCGCCGGGUGAUCCUACUCAGCGAUACUGCAGAGAACUUGAAAAACGGGGAAUGGUCCUUCAACGUGGAAUGGUAG